GCGCUCUCUCGCUCGCUCUCUCUUUAUUUCUUAUCGCUUGCUUUACUCGUCCUUUCCUCAGCUUUCUUCGGGACAGGCUACAGGGAUUGCCGUUCUCUUCCCAGUUCCCUCUGUCGAAGGGAUCAUUCUACUAAUGAUGAAGGCCGCCAAAGGGAAAGGGUCAGUGAAAAGGGACACAAAGGAAACAUUGAAGCCUGUUGAUGACAGAAAAGUUGGGAAGCGAAAAGGCACUUCUAAGCCAGAUAAAAGUAGCAAAAGAAAGGCCAAGAAGGAAAGAUUAGCCAAGAAAGACCCUGACAAACCAAAGAGGCCUCCUAGUGCCUUUUUUGUUUUCCUUGAAGAGUUCAGAAAGACUUAUAAACAAGAAAAUCCCAAUGUGAAGGCCGUCUCAGCUGUUGGGAAAGCUGGAGGCGAGAAAUGGAAAUCCAUGUCUGAUGCUGAGAAAGCUCCAUAUGAAGCAAAAGCUGCAAAAAAGAAGUCUGAGUAUGAAAAGCUUAUGAAUGCCUAUAACAAGAAACAGGAAAGUGCAGCUGAUGAUGGUGAUGAGGAGUCUGAUAGGUCAAGAUCUGAAAUCAAUGAUGAGGAUGAGGAAAGUGGAGAGGAGGAAGAGGAAGAUGAGGAUGAUGACGAAUGAGAACCUGAUGUGAUUUUCUGACUUGGUCAAUUUGGUUGUUCCAGGCUAUCAUGUCUGGAUCUUGUAUAAUCAUACCUGUAAUAUAGCAUGCCAAAAGCAAACAACAUUAGCCUGAUAGCGUGUAAUUUUUGUUCCUUUGGCUUAGUUUGGGACUGUAUUUGUAUUUGCACUCUUCCCAAAAAUGCAUAUCUUACAGAUAAGACAUUCAACCCAUUACCGUAUUCCUGCUAGCAUUACUUAAAUUCAAGAGGAACCGAAACAGAAACUGAUUGAAAUCUCUUCAAUCUCCUCUCAGAAUUAAUUAGAGAAGUAACUAUAAUGUUGAUCAUCAUGAACAAAGCCAAAGUUGCUGGUGUCAAGAUGGACGUAGAGGGCUUCUUAUUAAACGGCUUAUGUUAGCAGUUACCUUACAACUUCCAGUGCUCUGAAAACCUUUAUACAUCUGAGGGAGCAUCUGCUUCUCCAAAAAGCAGACCUUGAGCUUUGCAACUUUUCUGUGGGUUUGCUUUCUCUGAUAUUCAUUAUGUUUUGCAUGUUAUGGACUUGUGGGUGCCACGAAUUUGAUGAUGAUGUGAUUCCUUUUGUUCGA